AUGGUCAUCAUCUCUAGAGUGAAUCUGCGAGCUCUCUGGAGGCAAAGGCCAAUAGGAUUGUUUUCUCGCCCUCGUCAAUCGUCAAUGCCUUGCUCGAGAUGGUCAAGUCACAUGAUAAAUGAGCCUAUUGACGAGGAGCUGCUACCAGGCGACCGUCUGAGAUCCUUCCAUCCUACCCGACCUGGUGAGAUGCUCAAUGGCAGGUUCAAGACAAUCACAAAGCUUGGCUAUGGGGUCGGCUCUCCCGUUUGGUUAGCAGAGAAUAUUGUGUUCGAGAACUCGGCAGAUAAAUCGGCACCUCGCUACGUCGCUGUCAAGAUCGCGGCCCUGGACCUAGACGCAGGCUGGGAGGCAGGGGUCUCAAAGUUCAUAGCCAACGCUGAGCCGUCACAUGUAGGACUAGACUUUAUCCGAACACACAUUGGCGAGUUCCAACUAACGGGCAAAAAUGGGACGCACACUUGUCUCGUGUACACUCCCAUGAGAGAAACUCUUUUCCAGCUUCAACACAGACUACGGGGCCAGAGACUUGCACCGCCUCUUGUCAACUUUUUUAAUCUUAGUCCCUCUGAAUACCAUGAAGCUAACUAUGGCCCGUCAGACAUCAAGGUCGACAACAUUAUGAUGACGAUUGAAGGUGAAGCUGUCAAACAUCAAAUGAAGAGCCCCCAGCCGAAGCACAUUCGAAUCCAGGAUGGCCGCGAAACUUACCUUUCGCAAGGCAACUUUGGGCCCUUGCAAGGCUCCAGACUGCUUCCAAAGCUCGCCGACUUCAACAUCGCCUUUCCCGUACUAGCUAAUGGCAACGGUCACCUUUCUGCAAUCCAAUCCCAUCGUUUUCGUGCCCCCGAGGUUAUUCUAGGCUGCCCAUGGUCAUACAGUGUCGAAAUCUGGAAUCUCGGCCUUCUAAUGUGGAACCUCAUGGAAGGUAUUGGUCUGUUUGACAGGCCGGCUGGUGAAGAUGGCGAGUACAACGCGCAUGUUCACCUGGCCCAAAUGGUAUCCCUUUUAGGAGAACCUGAUGAGGAGUGUAUGAAGAGGGAGCGCUUCUUUCGUAAUUAUCGACUCGAGAAACCUGUCGUUAAUUCGCGUGGCAAGGAGUGCAAUGCCAUGACUGAGUUCUGGGUCGGUCCAUUCUUCAAUGAUGAGAAUGAUAUUGUUCGUACGGACCUUGUGGAAAGGAAGAGGCUGGAAGAUACGGUAACAGAACUAGUUGGCCAUGAGAAAGAUGUAUUCCUUGACUUUGCGUCUGGGAUGCUCCAAUAG